AUGGCAGUUCCCAAGGACUUGGAAGCUAACCAAGGGUUCCAUUCAUCCGAACACGCCAGAAACAAUACUGGAAAUAGAGAAAGUGCCAGUGUUUCGACUACCAAGAACGCCAAGACUGGUGUGUUUUCGAGGUGGUAUAGGAAAUUGCUUGACGCUGGUGUCGAGGAGAAUGGGGUUCGGCCAGUGCCCAUUGAGGAAAGAACCCAAACCCAGCACAGCAACCUUUUCACUGUGUUCUUCACAUGUCUGUUGUGUAUUCUGCCGUUGCCAACUGGUGCUCUCGGCACGGCUGUAUAUGGGCUGGGAUUGCGAGAUGUGUCGUUGAUAAUCAUCUUUUUCAACAUUCUAACAUGCAUACCCCCAGCUGUGAUCAGUAUCGGGGGAUGCAAGACUGGGAUGAGACAAAUGAUACAGGCUCGAUAUUCCUUCGGGCUCUAUCUUGGAAUCAUUCCAAUCCUGCUCAACGCUGGAACGGUAACAGGUUUUACGCUCGUGGGAUCGAUUGUGAGCGGACAAGCCAUCGCAGCUGUGAACGAGAAGGCCAAUAUAAGUGUAAACGUAGGCAUCGGCAUCGUUUGCACUCUCAGCUUUUGUCUCGCAUUCCUAGGAUAUCGAGCGGUCCACGUCUGGCAACGGUGGCAAUGGUUACCGAACUUGGUUGCCAUUGUCAUUGCCGUCGGCUGUGGCGGGAAGCAUCUGAUAAACCAGGCUGACCAUGAACCGGCAUCUGUGAAAAGUGUCAUCGGAUAUGGGAGUCUAAUGGCGGGAUAUUUCAUGACAUUUGGCGGGACUGUCUCCGAUUUCACCGUCUAUCACGACCCCAAAUCAUCCAAGCUCAAGGUCUUUAUGUACGUUUAUCUGGGCUUGAUCACUCCAUCGACGCCUCUGCUCAUUCUUGGAGCUGCCAUUGGUGGUGCCCUUCCUAAUGUCGAAUCAUGGCAAACGGCUUGGGAUAUUUAUGGGAUCGGCGGCGUCAUGGCUGAAAUGCUCGCACCGGCAGGGGGGUUUGGCAAGUUCGUUCUUGUCGUUCUCGCUCUGAGUGUUGUUGGCAACAUGGUGCUGUCUAAUUAUUCAGUCGCCUUGUGUUUGCAGAUGCUUGUUCCUGCAUUUGCCAAAGUGCCACGCUUCUUAUUCAUCGUAGCAACGCUGGCUAUCAUGAUUCCCAUGUCGAUCUAUGCGGCUGCUAAAUGGGAGGAGUCCCUUGUUAACUUUCUGUCUGUGAUUGGUUAUUGGGCGGGAUGCUUUGAUGCCAUUAUCAUUGAAGAACUCAUGGUUUUUCGAAACAUGGACUACCAUUCUUAUGACCCCGAGAUAUGGAAUCAAGCACGACGGCUUCCGAUUGGAAUGGCGGCAAUCGGAGCAUCUUUGGUCAGUCUUGGGUUGGUGGUCCCGUCAAUGGACACGCCGUGGUUCACUGGGCCCAUUGGGGAGCGAAUUGGUGACCUGGGUUUUGAAUCAGCCUUCGUGAUCACUGGGAUGGCCUACUACCCGCUUCGGUCCUUGGAAGUCAUGUUGAUGGGUCAUGUCUGA